AUGCCCUUCCCGGAUGAUGCUCACCCUGAAGCCGUAGAUGACGAGCUUAUGCGCAUCAGAGCCAAACGAGCUGCUCUCUCAUCAGCUGCAAUGCUUCCAGAGAUCGUGCAAGUGUCAAGCGAUUCUUUAGAAGAGGAGCUUUAUGUGGAGACAAUCGAGGAGACUAAUGAUACAUACACCAGCGACCAGCCUCACCAUAUGGGCGACGAGCUACGCCAAAUAUCUCAUGAAAAAAUUAUUGCAAAAAGAGAGGAUGAGUAUCAUUCAAGAAGGCGCCUACGUACCCUUUCACCCUCGCGCGCAGAUCCCUUCAGUAAGAUUCGGCAUAAUGCUGACGAGCAGCGCUCUUAUGCGGAUGUUCUCGCAGAGGGAAAGCUUGCUCGCGAGCAGGCCUCACUGGUACGUGAGCUCAGGGGCUCAUAUCGUCAACGCCAACAAGAUGUGUUGGAGCACAGCACUAUGCAUUUCGAGGGAGAUAUUACACGUCCAGCAAAACGACAAUGGGAAAUGUCACCAUCCUCCGUUGUGGCCGCUGUACCAACAGAAGAAACCCCGGUUAACAGUUCAGAGUGGGAAGAUGAUGAAUUACGGGCCCCUGAUAGCCAAAGCGGGAAGGCUUUCUCAUCAGGGGAAACCCCAUUAUCUGCAAGUGGCACUCCAUUAUCUUUAACGAGCACACCACUUUCAAGUGUUUCUUCGACAUAUUCAAGACUUACACGGUGGGAUGCCACGCCUGCUCUUUCUGAAGGCAUGGGGACGACACCAGUACGGGGCAACAACUGGGCAGCAGGAGCCACACCUUUGGCAGCGUCUUUGGCGCCAGGUGAAGAGACACCAUUACGCUCCGAUGUAGGGGAAGAAACUCCAAUGCGAGUAUUGGGACGGAUGUCUGCAUCAGUCUCGACCAUUUCCCAGCUGAAUAUGGCAGCCCGCAAUGCGUUCCUUUCAGAUGACGAGCUUGAUGUAAUCCUGCCCUCUACCGGAUAUUUGAUCGUAGAUAUGCCAGCAUCGUACGAAGCCAAACGCCAUCCCCACACAGAGUCUAUGCACCGAAAAAGCCCUGCAGCAGAGCUGGGCCUCUUUGCACUUGGUGGUGAAAGCUCAUCAUUUAUGGCUGAUGGUGGAUGGGGCACGGAUUCCACUGGUCUUGGCAGCGGGCUUCCGCCGAUGAAGCCCGACGACUACCAGCAUUUUGGUGCCCUUCUUGGAGCCAUGGAUAGAACGGGCGAAGAAGUUUCUUCGCUGACACUUGUCGAAAUUCGAGAGCUAAAGUUAUUGCGCUUGCUACUAAAGCUCAAAAAUGGCACGCCGCCUAUGCGCAAGAUUGCACAGCGACAGAUUGUAGAACGUGCACGCGAGUUUGGGCCUGCUCUGCUUUUCGACAAAAUUCUGCCAUUACUAAUGAGCCCAUCGCUGGAAGAUGGGGAACGUCAUUUGCUUGUCAAACUUAUCGAUCGAAUAUUGUUUCGGUUGGAAGACGGGGUCCGUCCCUUUGUGCAUAAAAUCCUCGUAGUUGUGGAGCCUCUACUGAUAGACACAGAGCGAGCUACGCGAGCAGAAGGCCGCGAACUUAUUUCCAAUCUUGCAAAGGCAGCUGGCCUGGCUACUAUGAUCGGUGCCAUGCGGCCAGAUAUUGACCAUCCAGAUGAAUAUGUGCGGAACUGCACUGCACGAGCAUUGGCCGUGGUGGCAAUGGCCCUCGGAAUUCCAGCUCUCUUGCCUUUUCUUGCAGCUGUGUCUGCUUCGCAGCGCGGCGGAUGGGAAGCACCGCACACGGGCAUCCGCACUGUGCAACAUAUUGCGGCAAUGGCAGGCUGCGGAGUGCUUCCACAUCUACGCGAACUUGUCUCAUGUGCCUCCGCAGGGCUUGUUCUUUCAGCAGCGAGUGAAAAAAACAGGCUAUCAGACGGCGACAGAGAUAGCUCUGUUUCAGGGCCGCCAGCAAAGGUGCGCACGGCAUCUGCGUUAGCGCUCGCUGCAUUAGCAGAAGCCUCUGCGCCUCAUGGUAUUGAAGCUUUCGAAGGCGUGUUGCGGCCGCUUUGGCUGACCAUCCGCCAGGCUCGCGGCCGCGCUUUAGCUGCCAUGCUCAAAGCUAUUGGGGCCAUCAUCCCGUUGAUGACAGAGGAGUAUGCCUCGUACUAUGCGAGAGAGCUCAUACCGGUUGUGGUACGUGAAAUGGCCACUCCAGACGACGACCUUCGACGCACAGUGAUCAGCGUUGUGCGUCAAAUGGCCGAAAUUCCUGGAGCGCUUGGAAGUGCACUUCUCCAUUCAAAGAUUUUGGAUCCAUUCUUUAAACACCUUUGGACACGGAGGCUCAGCGUCGAUAGACGUACCGUCUUUUUGGUGGUCGAAGGUGCCUUGGCAAUUGCCAAACGCGUGGGAGCUGGUCCCGUUACUAAGCUGCUGCUUCCAGCACUUAAAGAUGAGGCAGGUAGUUUUCGACGCAUGGCAUUGGAGCUGUUGGAGCGUUUAGUCCGCGCUCAUGUGCCAGUGGGCUGCCUACAAGCAGCAGGUGCCGACGCUGAGCCCACUCGUUCUGUCGCGCUACUGGUUGACAGUCUUCUUUUUGCGCUACAACAUGAGGAUGAAGAGGAAGAAGAGCGCGAUGGACUUUCGCGUGUUGCGCGGGCCAUGGGUGUGGCCCUUGGAGCUUGCGGUGCAUGGAUACGUCCACACCUUGGAGGAGAGAUCUCCUCCAUGCUGCUGUGGCGCCUCAACAACAAAAGUGCGCGCAUCAGACAGCAAGCGGCAGAUGUGAUUGCCGAGCUAGCGCCGCUCUGGAUUGCCUGUUCGGAAGACGCGGCAUUACAGAGGCUCGCCGGGGUGCUUUUUGAGUACCUCGGGGAAGAGUUCCCAACCGUGCUGGGUUCCAUUAUCCGCGCCUUACAUGCCAUCGUCAAAGCAUUAGGUACCUCGCGCAUGCAUCCGCCCAUCAAGGAUUUGUUGCCGCGCCUAACACCGAUUCUAAAGAACCGGCACGAAAAGGUGCAACUUCAUUGUAUUGAGCUUGUGGGUCGCAUUGCCGGUUCGGCCGCAGAAGCUGUGUCACCACGCGAGUGGAUGCGUAUUUGUUGGGAACUGCUAGAAACACUACACGCACACAGGCGCGCCAUCCGCAGAGCAGCUAUUCUGUCUUUUGGACACAUUGCUAAGGCCAUUGGGCCUCAAGAUGUGCUCUCGACGCUGCUGGCCAAUCUACGCGUGCAGGAGCGCCAAUCCCGUGUAUACACCACCAUUGCCAUCGCCAUUGUCUCAGAGGUAUGUGCCCCGUUUACGGUGUUACCCGCAUUGAUGGCUGAAUACCGAGUGCCCGAGCUUAAUGUUCAAAAUGGUGUGCUAAAGUCCAUUUCUUUUCUUUUCGAAUACGUCGGCGAGGUCGGCAUCGAUUACCUUUACGCGGUUACACCGCUGCUUGUCGAUGCGCUCAUGGACCGGGACCAUGUCCAUCGGCAGACCGCUGCCGCUGCUGUGCGCCACGUGGCUUUGGGUUCUGUCGGCCUCGGCUGUGAGGAUGCCCUGCUUCAUCUGCUCAAUAACGUUUGGCCAAAUAUCUUUGAACAAUCGCCACACGUCAUUAUGGCGGUGGUAGAUGCGCUGGAGGGGCUCUCCCUGGCCCUGGGUCCCGCCACGGUCUUUUUAUACCUUGCGCAAGGGCUCUUUCACCCUGCUCGGCGCGUACGGCAAGCCGCAUGGCGCGUCUAUAACAUGCUCUACGUGCUGGGCCAGGAGGCCUUGGUGCCGCUUUUUCCAAGUCACGGAGACGUGCUAGACGCACAGCGGUAUGGUCGCGAUCAUCUGUAUCUUGUGCUUUGA